AUGGAUGCACGUGUGGAUUUUGACAUCAACGAGGCGAUCAAGCUGUUCGACAGUGAUCCCUCGACGAUUCCAACUCCCGAAGCCGCACAAGCACUGCUAGAGUGCGAAGAUGACCCGGAAUCGCUGUCUUCGCUGGGCCUGAUCAACAGUGAACUCAAUCCUGUUGUAGACGCCGUAGCGGAGAGCCCAGAUGCGAUUACCCGCAGCUCUGUCUUUGACACACUGCAGUUCUUACUCAAGUGUGUGCCCGCCGUCCCUAUCGAUUCCAAGACUUGGAAGUCGCAGCCGCAAUCUAACCUGUUCAAACUCUCUAGAUCUUCGUCACAGAUACCACCCGCCUCACUCAGCAAAAUCCUCGACCUGAUCGUCUCCGCACUUGCGACACAAGCCGACAUCAUACACGCGGACCUGGAGGCUGAAGAGCAAGAUGCCAUACCAUACCACAAGAACAUCCUGGAGAUGUACGGCUUCCUAUUACGAUGGACAAUCUCGGCAGUCGAAACACGCGCGCUCGAGAAGUCGGCGUCUGCACCGGCUGCGCGAGGGCGGGGUAAGGGUGCGAAGUCGAAGACCGGAGUGAGCAAAGAUGGCACUUGGGAUGCUUCCGCACAGCUUGAGACAGCCUUGGACCGCAUGAGCAAAGUACUGAAGCUGAAGCUCGGUCGCAUAUUUGUCACCACAUCGGAGCGGGACACCUUUAUCAGCCUCUUCACCAAGCCGGUCUACCACAUACUUGAGAACGAGACCAGGGUCAAGAGCAAUGCAAUCCGAAACCACUGCUUUAGGGUUCUCUGCAUUGCCGUCAAGCACCAUGGACAUGCAUACACGGCACAAACUUCGAUCAACCAAAGCCUCACAUACUUCGAGCACUUGUCAGAGCCAAUGGCAGAAUUCCUGUUCACGCUUGCCGACGCUUACGACUACCCGCAGCUGACCGAGGAAGUUUUGAAGGACAUCAGCAGCAAAGAGUUCAGUGCAACAGAUUUGAAAGGACCAAAGUCGAUAUCAACCUUCUUGACCAAAAUCUCGGAACUGACCCCUCAUCUUGUCAUCAAACAGAUGACGCUGCUCGCCAAUUUGCUAGACAGCGAGUCGUACACGCUACGAUGUGCGCUUAUCGAAGUGUGUGGUAAUUUGGUUGCCAUGCUUAGCAAACUGAGCCAGGACGACCGCAGCGAGAACCACAAAGCGCAAAUCAGGAUCUUCUUCGACGUCUUGGAAGAACGCUUCCUCGACAUCAACCCUUACUGCCGAUGCCGAGUAAUGCAGGUUUACGUUAAACUGUGCGACUUGGGGCAAAAGAACCCCAAGCGCAUGCUGAAGGUGGCUGAGCAUGCAGCCCGAAGUCUCGAAGACAAGAGCAGCAACGUACGACGUAAUGCGAUCAAGUUGCUCGGAAAGUUAGUCUCGACGCACCCAUACACAGCUUUCGACGGAGGUCUUCUCACUGCACAACUUUGGGCAGGGAGAUUGGAUGAGGUGGAAAAGGAAAUCAACGCUCUGCAACCCCCAGAGGAGCUGCGUGAACGUGCACCAGGCGAUCAGACUGUAGAUGAAUCGCUUCUCCAAGAUGCAACACAGGCCGACAAUGCCGCGGACGAACCAAAGCACCCAUCUGAAAUGUCUGAAGAAGAACGUGCCGCUGCCAUCGAAAAGGCACAGAAAGAUGCAACGACUACACAGGCAUUGGCCAAGCUCCAUGACCUGCGGAAGCUUUUGGUCGAGGCGCUCAACUUCGCAGAGGCUAUUGACGAGGCCGCAGAGAUUGUCACACAAUUGCUAUCGUCAAAGAACAAGAGCGAAGUCAUUGAAGCCAUGGACUUCUUCGUCACAAUUCAUGCCUACAAGGUCUCCAACGCGAAGCUUGGCAUCCGGAGAAUGCUUCGUCUCAUCUGGACCAAGGGCAACAGCGACGAAGGCAAAGGAGUCCAAGCUCACUUGCUCGAAUGCUACAAGGGUCUGUACUUUGAUGCUCCUCCAGGUUUCGAUGCCAAUGCGACUGCCAACUACAUCUCCAAGGGCAUGAUUAGUCUUACCUUUGGUACGACUCCUGCUGAGCUCACGUCACUCGAACAGCUUCUUAGCACAAUGAUGAAAGCAGGGCCUAGUCAAAUGCGCUCGUCAUACAGAAACUUUGGCAGGGUUUAUGGGUACCAAAAGAAGGAUAUCUCAAAGAACCAGCGCAGAGGUGCUAUUAUCGUUAUUGGUAUGCUUGCACUUUCGUCGCCAGAUAUCGUGGUACAAGAGAUGGAAACAUGCUUGCGCAUCGGUCUUGGAGAACUCGGAAGACGAGAUCUGGGUUUGGCUCGAUACACGUGUAUCGCCAUACGUCGCAUGAGUCCACCUCCCGGGAAGCAAGCUGCCACUACUGCUCCGACCCAAGUCGUCAAAUUGCCUAAUGACCACGCGGUUUUAGUGCGGCUAGCGGCUAUGACUGAGAUCGUCUCAGACAGCAAGGAGUGGUAUGGAGUUGCAGAGCAGGCCAUCGGCGCCAUUUAUGUGCUCUCAAAGCAUCCAGAUGUCAUUUGUUCCGAGAUCGUACGGCGCGUGACAAAGCGGGUAUUUGCCUCGCAGACCCGACCACGAUCACGUCCAACUACGAGUUCGAGCGCCGAAGAGCCAAGUCAGAUGCCAACGCCCACAGACGCAGAUGAUGUGGUACAAGAAGAAGUAGCAGAAGAGGAGGCCCCAUCCAAAAAGCAGAACUCGGCUUUGGCACUUUCACAACUGUUGUUCGUUGUUGGUCAUAUUGCCAUCAAGCAGAUUGUGCAUCUUGAACUUUGCGAGCUUGAAUUCAAACGUCGCAAAGCAGAGAAGGACAAGAAGUCUGCGCCCGCGCCUCGCAAAUCGAUGACGCCGGCCCCAGAACCCACACCUCUGAAGAAAGGUCGCAAGCGGGGGGCUGCAAAAGAGCCAACUCCGGCACCAGAAGAGGCUGCAGACGAGCUCGACCUCAUGGCCGGAACUACGGAAGAUGACUUCACCGAAGCCAUUGCUCAUAUUCGUGAGCGAGAGUUACUGUUCGGCCCCCAGUCACUUCUCGCCAACUUUGGUCCGUUAGUGGCAGAUAUCUGUUCGAACAACACAUCGUACAACCAUCCUACGCUACAAGCUCAAGCAGCGUUGUGUCUUGCUAAGCUUAUGUGUGUGAGCUCAGAGUACUGCGAGAACAAUCUUGGCCUUCUUCUCACCAUUCUCGAGCGAAGUCAGGACGCUGUUGUGCGAAGCAAUCUCGUUGUCGCGUUGGGUGACAUGGCUGUAUGCUUCAAUCACCUCAUCGAUGAGAACACCGACUUCCUGUACCGCCGCCUCAACGACGGCGACCCAAGCGUCAAGCGUACGUGCCUGAUGACCUUGACAUUCUUGAUUCUUGCUGGACAGGUCAAGGUCAAGGGUCAGCUGGGUGAGAUGGCCAAGUGUCUUGAGGACAGCGACAAGAAAAUUGCGGACAUGGCGCGCAUGUUUUUCAGUGAGCUCUCCACCAAGGACAAUGCUGUUUACAAUCAGUUCGUCGACAUGUUCAGUGUGCUCAGUGCAGACUCGGCGCUCGACCACGAUGCUUUCAAGAGGAUCAUCAAGUUUCUGGCUGGCUUUAUUGAAAAGGACAAACACGCCAAGCAGCUGUCAAGCAAGCUCGCUGCCAGGCUGCCAAGGGCGGAGAAUGAGAGGCAAUGGGACGAGGUCGCAUACACGCUUGGUCUUCUGCAGCACAAGGACGAAGAGAUCCAGAAGAUGGUAUCCGAGGGCUUCAAGGUUGUCCAAGCAGCGGCAUAA